AUGGGGGGCGUCGACGCGUUCGUGCAAGAAUACAUAAACAGCAACAUCGCCAAAAUCGAAGACGUGGAAAUUCACGUGGAAAAAAUGAACCGAGAAAUAAUGGAACUCGAUAAAACCAUCAGCGAAAAGGUGGAGAGCCACAUCCUAAGUCAAAAUGAGUAUGACCAAAAAUUAAGACACAUAAAAGAAAAAAUGAAAAUAAUUAAUAGCCAAAUGGAACAAGUGGAUAAAAAAACAGAAGAAAGUGAACACAUUCUAGUGAAGCUAUGUAAAGAUAUAAAAAAAUUAGACAUAGGAAAAAAAAACGUAACAGAAACGAUUAUAAUAAUGAAAAGAAUCGUCAUGGUUAUCACUGCUAUAAGCAGCUUGAAAAAAAAGGCUCUGAAAAGGGAGUACAGCGGAUGUAUUCCCCUCGUCUCUGUUAUCAAAGAAAUGCUCAUACACAUCUCCGACCUCAGGACAAACGAAAAAUUAAGGAAACUGUACGAAGAUGCCAACAUCCUUUUCGACGACAUAAAGAAUCAGAUAAGUGAAGACAUCGAUUUGGUGUACGACCCCGAUGUGCACAUAGAGAAGGAUCUCAUCAUCGUGAAUGAAGCAAACCACGUCGAAGGAGACAAAAUGUCCAUCAAUCUUUUCGAUGCAUGCAAUUGUUUAUAUCACUUGGAUCAAAAGUCGGUCUCCAGUGUAGUUAAAAAAUUCUCCAACUUUUUUCUCGAAAAAUACAUUAUCAUUUUUGAAAAUCAAGCAAAUAAUUUAGAAGGGAUCGACAGACGCAUGGCAUGGUUGAAGCGUGCAUUGAAUACGUAUGAACAUGUAUAUGCUCAUAUUUUCCCUCCGGUUUAUAAUAUGCCUUACCACGUUGUCUGCAAAUUCUGCUCUCUCACCAAAAAACACAUCGUCAAGAUUAUGUCUUCUUCUAUCGACGACAUGAACCCCGUUUCGCUAAUCCAGACUGUCAUUAAGGUGAUUAAUUUUGAAAAUUUUUUAACCAAGAAUGUGACGUUUUUUAUUGAAAAGAGGACCACCUCGCAUGACGCGUACUCUUCUUUGGAGUUUCCCUUCCCAGAGCUAAUUAUGAGGAGGGAGUUGGCUCCAGGCGGGGGAGGCUCCAAAGGGGAGGGUCCUUCACCCGCGGAAGGGGAGCAGAGAAAAGACCAAAUGGACAACACCAAAGGGGAGGGUGAUCCCCCCAUUAGAGCUGCGCAUGAUGAUACUAAUUCCCACGCACCGCAAAACUUCAAGGGAGUCAUCUCGUGCGCGUUCGACAGCUACCUGUGCAGCUGGCUAAAAUAUGAAGAGAAAAAAAUUCUUCAAAAAUUUGAAAACAUAAUAAACGACGAAAAUAAAGACCCACUGGAGGUAGGGGUGCACACUAAAUGUAAAUUGUCCUCCUCAGAAAAGGAUCCCCUACUUGAUGUUAACAAAAUUUUAAAAAAAAAGGAAAAAACCCCGCUAGUGGACCCUGAAAUGGUGGAAGAACAACACACAGUGUAUAAGUCAGCCUACAAGAUGUUUUACCUCUACAAAAGCUACAUUAAUAUGAUUCUUCAAUUUAGCGACUGUCAAACUUUGUACGAUUUUGUGACUUUUUUUAAAACACUGUUAUUAAAAUAUAGUGAAGAGUUAAACAGAAGAAUUGUAAAAGAUGUGAAGGAGGAAAACAAAAACCAGCACUUCAAAUUACUGUCCGUCAUAAUCAAUACAAGUUAUUACGUAGAACAAACAAUGAAUGAAGCGUUUGAAAAUCUUGUCAAAGUUAUUGACCCAAUUUUUAAGGACAAAAUUUGCUUCAAAGAAGAGGAACAACAAUUUUUACAAAUAAAAACAAAAUGUAUAAAAGGAAUUAUCGUCUUUGUAGAAAAAAAAAUAAAUUCCAUCAUUUCGAACAAAGAAAUUGCAAACUUAUUUGACCCAAAUGAUGUCCAAGAAAAGACUCCUUACAUAACUAAUAUGGACCUAUUUCUGCGUGAAUAUUUUUCCUUUUUUAAGAAAAUUUUUAAUGAGACCUACUUGCUUUAUUUACUCGAAAAAACGACCACACUGAUCAUUCAGCAGUUUUAUCACACCAUUUUUUCGUUUCAUUUCAUGACCAAUGUGACUGCUGAGCAGCUACUUUUGGACUGCCACGAGAUUGAAAAAAUUUUGUUCCAAACGGCAGUUCUGUUGAAUACGAGAAAGGGGGAGCAGCACACCGACGCUGUGCCACACAGAACAGCGAUUGUGGCGUCGGCGGCGACAUGGGCAGCGGCGGACGACGAAUGCAUCAUUCCUCAGACAUACUUCAAUUAUGUAAAAAACCAAACGAACAAAAUUAAAUUUCUAAUUAAAAUAUUUAUCUCUAACAUCUACGACAUGAACUCCUUCAACAUGCUGCUCACCGAAAAUAACAACAUUUGCACCAUCGAGGAGAUUGAGAAGAUCCUGUCUCUGAAGCAGGACGACACGGGGGUGAAGGCCUCCCCGAGGGAGCCCAGCCAAAACAAGAACUACGUGCACGACAUUAAGGAGCGUGGCAUGAAGGCCGCGGAGGAGGUCAAGAUCUUCUUCAACAAAAUUACGAGUAUGUAG